AGCUCCUGCCACUGGUGAGCUGAGCUGAGCUGUGGGUGCAGCUCAUGCAAGAAAGAUCCAGCAACGCGCAAUGUUGAGCAUGAGCACCAGGCGCUUGGGCCUGGCGGCUUUUGAUGGCAAGAAAGUGAAGGCACAGAUGAGGGUUCGUGCGCUGAAAUAAGAAACAGGUGUUUUCAGUCGUUUUGCAAGAAGGUCUGUAGGAGGCUUUUACGAGAAACUGAGCUUUAAUGUGCGUUGAAAUGGGGAUCAGGGUCUGGGUGGUACGCAUAUUAGCCCCCACAAGCCUGGCUUUCCUCUCUAUUUGACAAUUUCAGCUGAAAGUAUGGUCCUGAUGGUUAAAAUGAUUUUGGCCCCAAUGGCCAGAAUCAACGCCUGGUUGGUGAGCUAACGCGCCUACUUGGAGACAGGUUCCAGGCGCCUAUGCAGCACACGUCAGCCAUGGGAACCCCCAACUCCGAGUCCUCCCUUUUUGACACGUCCUUGCUAGCAUUCUCUCUGCCCCCCUCCAAUGAGGUGCCAGCGCUCUCAGCCCCCACACCUAGUUACAGCCCCAGCUCCUCGGCUCCCACUAGCGCCCGCAGCUGGCUGCCAGGCUUGCUCAGUGGUGAUGCCAUCCCAAGCGAGGCGCUCACCGAGAGAAGGGAAGAAGACUUAGAUGGGGCUACAGUCGAGGAGCCAUUCCUCUGGAAGAAGAAGCUGUUCACAAAGGCGGACUCCAUCGAGCUGGAGGAGACAGCUGAGACGGGGGACGGCACUGGCAUUGCACAGUAUAGGAGACAGUGCGAGAACCAUGGGAUCCUGCCGUCCCUGGCUGUUUUGAGCAGCCUGCAGAGAACGCACAUUGAGUUCUCGCACUACCUCCUGGGCGAACAUGGCGGCUUUGCUUUGGCCUCCGCUCUGCGGGUCAACUCACAGCUCACGACCCUCAAGCUCCGCUUUGCGGCACUUGGCAAUGCUGCGGCGAUCGCUGUGGCUCAGGCGUUGCAGCGCAACCAAAAUGGCCGCAUCAAAACGUUGGACCUUGAGGGGAACGGGCUGGGGCCAGAAGUGGGGCCCGCAUUGGCGGAGCUGCUGACUAGCAACUCGACUCUUAAAGUCCUUUCUCUCAAGAACAACCCGUUGCGCAACCUCGGCUGCCAGAAGCUCUUCAAAGCGCUGACGCAGGGCAACCAGACACUCAUCGAGCUCGACCUCGAGGGCACCUCGCUUGGAGAUCCUGCAGGACCAGCGAUCGCAGACUGCCUGAAGCAGAACACUUCUCUGAAGAAGCUGAACCUCGCAUCCAACUUGUUGACCAUCGCGUGGAGCCUCGUUGCGGAUGGACUCGCACAGAAUGGGUCUCUGCAGGUCCUGGACGUGUCUUCCGGAAUCUUGCUAGGCGACAGCGGCGCCGCGUUUUGCGCCGCGCUGGGCGGAAACACGGGCCUCAGGACGCUGGACCUGACGGACUGCCGCUUCGACGAGGGCAGCCUGGGGGCGCUGGCGUCAGCAAUGACGCAGUGCAGGACCCUGGAGACACUGGUCAUGGACGGAGCAGCAGCAAAGGGGCUCGUGCAGGCGUUUGCCGCCAACAAGAGCUCGUGCAAGAUCGCAUUCAGGAAGAGCGCGCAUGGCCGCGCCGGAGACGAGGAGUACGCGCUCGACUUCGAUGGGGAGGUGGACGCAAGCUUUGAGGUUGACUCCUCGCGCAAGCAGUCACGGAUCAGCCGUUACCCGUCGCAGAUCAACGUCGACGGCCCAGUACAGCUCCCUGAAACAGAAGCGGCGCACUUACAAGCGGAGCUUAUCGCUGCUGUGCAGUCCUUCGCUAAUACAAGCGAGCAGCCUGGCAAAGAUGCAAUAAGCAGUGAGUCCGCCGAUCAAAAGCCGACGGCAAGCGGUUCGGAAAAAGCAGCCAAGCAGGACACGGGGGAGGCUCUACCGAAGGCUUUACAAGACAGGGGGAUAGGCUCGGACGUCGGAACGUCUCCUACGAACGGAGCGGACAGAGCGGGAAUGCGGAAGCCUGGUCUGCCGGGAAAAGCCGUCGGAGACGGAACGGACGCAGGAAAGCACGUUUCGAGAGUGACAGACUUGGAAAAGCGACUUUCGGACAGACUGAACCCCGGAAAGCCGCCUUUAAACGGAACGGACGCCAAAAAGCCGGCUUCGGAAGGAACGGAAGCCGGUAGGCCUCCUUCGGACGGAGCGGACGCCACAAAGUCCCCGUCGGACGGAACGGACGCCGGACAAGUGCCCGCGGAUGGAGUCGAAGGUCGGAAAUCUGCACUGUCCGAACUGGGCGUGAUUCUGCAGGGGACGCGGUUGCAGGAGCUGCGGGAGGAGCACACGCGCGCGCAGAAAAGGGCGCGGGAUAACCCGAAGGACCUGGAGGCGCUGCAGCUAGCCGCGGAGGCCGCGUCGAACCUCUCCUUGCACAACGAGGCAGCCCUGAAUUACCUGCGCGCGUGCAGCUUUUCACUGGACGCCGCAGCGCGGCGCGGCUUUCAGAGCGUCAUGGAGCUCCUGCUGCUGGAGCGGGACCGGUACGCACCGCCCAAGAGGACCCUUUACCUCAAGGUGAAGAACCUGGAGAGCGGCCCCCUCCUGGCCCGCGCCUCCAGCACCUUCUCCCUCAUCCCCGAACUAGAGGCGGUCCUCGACAACUUGCACGAUCUGCUCGCGCGCGGUGGCGAUCCCGAGCAGGCGAAAGCGCGCCUGCGGCUCGUUGUGCGCGACAGCGAGGACGAACUGCGCGAAGUGUUCGGGUUCUACGCCGCCGGGGGGACGCCAGAACCGUCGGGCGCGCCGGACCGCCUGGCCCUGCGCCUCUUCUGGCGGCUCGCGCGCGACUGCAAGCUGCUCGCGCGCCCCCUCCCGCUGUGCGAGAACAACCGCGUGGCAGCCCACUGCCAGCCCGAGGGGGUCCAGGAAGCAGCGGCGCUAGACCCCCACAACGGCGCCGCAGAUUUCACCUCGCUCUCGUUCCCCAGCUUCGUGGAAACCAUGUGUCGGCUGAGCUGGGUGCUGCACCCCGGCUUCCGGACGCUGCCCGAGAAGUUCGAGCAGUGCGUCCGGCAGCAGGUGCGCCCGAACGCGCGCGCGGACAGCCGGGACGCCCUGCAAAAGCAGGUGUCGAUCGCCGCAGGAGGCCAUUACGCCGACAAGCACCGCGGCCGGCUGCUCAAGAUCUUCCGCCACUUCUGUACGGACUACGCGGAGGCCAUGGCGGAGGCCCACGUGGCAGCCCAGGAAGGUGACAGCACGACGGUCCGGUCCUCUGUUGAGCGCACCAAGGCUCUGCACGGGACACCCGUCUUUGACCGCGAGAAAGAGAGUUCCGCUUCCGCUGGUUCCGGUCAGCACUCGGGCGACGCCAGCGGGCGGUCGAGGUUCGAGCGAGAGGCGAAGCAAGCCGCGGCCGCGUCGGAAACCCUCAACCCCGGGCACGGCUCCCCGCGCAAGGGGGCUGGCUCGAAGAGUCUGGAAGGGGCGGUCGAGCCUCGGAGUCCGGGCUUAGAUGGAACUGGAGCUAAGGCCGGGGGAAAGAAGGGGCUGGCGCCGACCGCGGCAAGCGUGACGUCACUGGGCGGAAUGGAAGAAGGGCCGGGAUACAUGACGUUCAAUGACCUCAUGCGCCUGGCCGACAAGAUGGGGCUCUACAGCCCGCAGCUGAAUCUGAGCAAGGUGAAGUCCAUCGUGGAGCGGCUGAUCUGCUUCCCGGAGCUGAUGCCGCAGCAGCACAUGCACAACCUGCGCUCGCGCAUCAUCCUGGAGGAGUUCGUGGAGAUCCUGGCGCGCUUCGCGGCCGCGACGUACUCUGGCCCCGACACCGCGGCCGCGCGGCUGCAGAAGGACACGGAGGGGGGGUGGAAGAUGCUGGAGGAGUUCCUGGAGGAGCGGAUUUACCCCAUGGCCAAGAAGAUCUUGCCAGGCCGGCUGUGACGGGUGUGAAUAUAUCUAGAACGUUUGACAGGAAAUGGUUCCCACGGCGUUGCUAUAUUGGCGAAGUUCUGACUGUGCUUCAAGACCCGCACAUGUUAUUGACAAAUACCCGAUGAGGACCCAAUACGUCCCGAUGAGGGGAGACAAAGCGAGUGCUAAACUAGGGUGAAACCUUUAUAGCGGAGCGAGUGUCACAGAUAGGAUAUGUAGUAAGUUUCACAAUCAUCAUCAAGAAUACUGGAUGACAGUUAAGUAUAUACUAUAUGAAGGUAAUGUAAAGUAGGGGGGCUUGUUCAGGAGAGCUCAAAUGGACGAAAGUGCGCGUUGAUGCUUAGACGAGCAUCUUAGAACGUGCAAUAUAUUUCUUAUUCAGCAGCGAACUUACCCGAAAAAGAGUCACAACGAUCUUUCAAGUUUGCAUGACGGGGGCAUGACAUGAGCACCUAUUGAAGGUUG